CUGGAGGAGAGACUACAGGCUGCUACCACUGACUACCUACUGUAGGUAGCUCAGAUGGUACCCCCCUCGGUUGUUGAAAUAGGAGGACCUGAGUUCGAACUCCGUUGGAACGAGAUGCAGAUGAGUGAAGUACUACACGCUGCUUCCAGGCUGCAUGGCAAACCAGGGAAAGGACUACGGCAGCUCGUUGCGCAAACCGAGGCCAGGCAGUCAUUCUAUAAAGCGCGCUCAUCUUCAAGUUUGCGAAGAUAUCAUUUUCGUUUCGCCCAGUGCUAUUGGGAGUUGAAAGUACACCGGCAAGGAGAAAGGAGGUGGCUGGUGACUCUGGUGAAUGGCAACUGCGACAGCAGAGGACUGCGGUCAGGGCUGGAGAAGGCAUUCGUGCGGCUUCACCUUCACGGAACGGAAUCAUCAGAGUCGAUCGCUUUCUCUUUGAUCUUCGUAAGCUCCAUAAGUUUGCAGUGUUUUAGCGAUCAACAUUGGAAGAGGAAGGAGGAGCCUCGCCAAGACUACAGCGAAGCAACUUUUGAGUCUUUUGCCGCCUCGAUGGCAUUGCACAGCGAAUACAAACGUUGCAAUUCUACCAGGUGCAGUGCCAAUGCGGCCCAAGCUGCUUAGAGGUAGCUAUCCUUCGCCUGCUCUGAUGUGGAAGCAAAGAACUUGGAUUUGAAUGCUCGCUCUCAUCCCUGAUCAGUGAUCUUCAUAUCCUUUCAACUCGCGGAACGGCCUUCAAUCCGGGAAUUCCCGCUCGGAAUACAUUUCUCUCGCAACCAAGUCAGGUUCAUCUACCUCAACUGUCCUCCAAGAUGUCGGCUGGUAAGCUGUUGUUUCCCCUCCCACCGGUGUGUGACUAGUACAUAUCUGUUGCCCCCUGAAUUC